CCGCCAAUUCUGAGCGAGGAGCGCGAGGGAGUCUAGCCGGGGAUGAUACGGGAGCGACGGGACUAGGAUUACACACGAAAAAACAGAAUCUACAACUCUAAAAGUUACAGAAACUCAUCAAAUUUGCAGUUGACACGUUAAUGCUACAACUGGGAAAGACGUGGAGUCGAUGACUAGCCUUAAGAGGUUGUGCACGGAGUCGAAAAAAGCGCUCCCCGUUUCCGUUUAACGUUUCCAGUAAGACGACUGCGCGAGCGCACGGAGCUGAAAGGCGCGCGGAUGGUGGUCGUGAUGCUCGCGGCUGAAGAGCCUUUGGCCUCCACUCCACGCAGAGGCAUGGAUUGUGUGGGCAAAGCUAAUACCAGCAAGAAGCUUAUUCAAGCACGUCUACCUUUUAAAAGGCUCAACCCAGAACCCAAGGAAUGCAGUGAACCCAAAAGAACCAAAGGUCCGGUUGCUCCAAAGUGUUCUGAGCCAAGCGCAUCUGAUGGAGAAAAUGAGAUCGACAGCUCCUCCUCCCCGAUGCACCGUGGCCCGGCUCUGGUAAACGGCCGCGGUCCACUUGAUUGCUUCAUGAGCCGACGGAAGCGUUCCCCGGCCCGCUCUGUCCCUGAAGCCACCAUCGACCUCACCGAAGACUCAAAUGAGGCCGUCAAAAACCAGCCUGCACCUCCGGUUGCUGCCACCUGCCCCCUUAGUGAAAAACCGACAAAAACUGCAGAAGAUACCACAAAAUCUACAGAACCAACCACGCCACUGACAGAUAAAGAGACUGAAAAGGAUGAGGAAGAGGAUGAAGACACCCUCCCACUGCUGGACAUAACUCAGGAGUCUGAGACGGAUGAAGAGGAGCAGCAGGAGACUGAAGUCAGUCCCGGGAAUGAGUCUGUGUUGUCGACUGGAUCUACCAGCUCCCUCUCAGUGAUAGAGAGCUCACCAGAGCCUAGCAAGAGUGCUCCUACCACCCCUGUCUCCACAUCACAAAUAAAUGCUGCCAGUACAACGAAGCGACGUUCCCUUAAGAGUAUCCAAGAGCAGGAGGAGAAGCAGCGACAGAGGGAUGAGAAAGAACGCCAGAAACAGGAGGCCAAAGCUGCCAAGGAAAGGAAGAAAGAGGAGGCUCGCAAGCUGAAGGAAGAGAAGGAGAGAGAGAAGAAAGAGAAGAAGGAAAAAGAUGAAAAGGAGCGGCGGGAGAAAAAGGAGAGGGAGGAAAAAGAAAAGGCAGAGAAACUAAAAGCUAAAGAAGAGCAGCGGCAAAUGAAAAUUGAGGCCAGACUGGAAGAGAAAAGAAAGAAAGAGGAGGAAAAACGGUUGAAGGAAGAGAAAGAACGAAUCAAAGCUGGGAAGGCUGAGAUUACAAGGUUUCUACAGAAGUCCAAGACCCAGUUGGCACCAAAGACUCUGGCAUCUGCCUGUGGGAAGUUUGCUCCUUUUGAGAUUAAAGCGCACAUGUCUCUGGCACCACUGACCCGAGUACAAUGUGAAGACGCAGUCCUAGAGGAGCUGGACCAUUAUCUUGGCCAACCUGACUGCACUCUAGAUGGACUAAAGGACUGGACAAGUCACAAACCUCGCAGAUCAGGUCCAACCAGGCCCAGUCACAGUGCAGUAAGAGAUUGUGUGGUCAUAACUGAAAGCCAAAAGGCAGAUGGCGUCCCUGACCGCCACCGUUACGGCCGCAUGAAACUCUUGCACUUCCAUGAUAACUAUCGUCCAGCUUACUGGGGGACCUGGUGCAAAAAAAGCACUCACAUCUCGCCACGCUGCCCACUGAGACUGGACAAGGAGCUGCUGGAUUAUGAGGUGGACAGUGAUGAAGAGUGGGAGGAGGAGGAGCCGGGAGAGUCUCUAUCACACAGUGAGGGGGAUGACGACGAUGAAGGAGGAGAUGAUGACGAUGAUGAUGAUGGGUUCUUUGUGCCCCACGGUUAUCUGUCAGAUGGGGAAGGAGCACUUGAAGACGAGGAGGGUAGAGAUCCGGAGAAGCAGAAGGUGCGUCAGAGGAUGAAGGCUCGUGAAUGGGAGACUGAGCUGAUGUCUAAAGGGAGGGUGAAGGUGUUGGAGGCGGUGGUGCGUGGCUGCCUAUGGGAGGGGGAACAGCCUUCGCUGGACCUCCUGAAGCCGUACGCUGUCUGUAUGCUGAAGCCUUUACCUAAAGACGAGCCCUGCACCCCUGAACAGGACAUCUCACGCCAACAGAGGAACGAGAAACUGCUGUCACGGCUACUGCCUUUGCUUCAUGGUAAUGUGAACAGCAGUAAGGUCAUAAUCAACGAGUUCCUAGAGAUCUGUCGCCAGCAAACAUCCUCACCCACAGAAAGCUCUUCGAAUUGUAUUGACAGCGUCCCACCCAGGAUCCACAUCAGGCGUAUCAUAAAAGAGAACGCCGUGUACGAAAAGCGCUCCACUUACAGACGAUGCUGCUGGUACGUGCAUGCAGAAGUUCUGACCCGUCAUUCUCAGGAGGCCUUGCGCGUUCCCUGCCAGUGGACCUACCUCACCUCCGGGGUUCAUGUCAACCGCGACGAGCCCACCGGCUCACAGGGCAACUCGCCCACCAUGUCCACUUCCACCACACCCUCCAACAAGAGGAAAAGUGCCAGCAGCCACUCCAUCACAAAGUAUAUGAAGAAAUGUGGCGACUCUGAACAGACUGAGGCUAUGGAGACCGAUGGCUUCCAGGCGGACACUGAGGAUGAUGAAGACGAUGAUUGCGUCAUCAUUGGGGAGCAAUCUGGAUCCUCGGAACAGGACGCCAACACAUCCUUACCACAAACAGAGAGAAACACAGAGCCCAUGGACACAAAUGCAUCCGAAACUGCUGCUCUUGCCUUGCCCUGCCUCACACCAGCCACCGCCUGAGAUCUGACUCCUUCCUGUUGGGUUUGCAUGCAUGUGAACCAGGCGCUCUAAAUCUGAUCUACGAUUCGAAGGAUCACACAGUAUUAAAGGUCCCCAGAAUGAAUCAAUUUUUUCCUCUAAGUGGAGGUCUGUUAGAUGGUGUACUGCUCUUCUUCAUAGGUGAAGUCCCACUUUUUGAAAGGCUGAUGCAUUCAUCAGCUCUGACACCAACCAGGAGGUUGAUGCUGUCUGCUGGGCUUAGUGCUCAGCCACAUUGUUUUAAAUUGUUUAUUUUUUCCCUCUCUGAAUACUUGAACUGGUGUAUGUCUUUCAAAAAUAAUGACAAUUGAAAUAUAUUGCACUUUUAUAUUCCA